AUUGGCUGUUUUAUUGUCGUAAACAAGUUUUAAAAAAAAUGGGAAGAAUUUUCUUGGAUCAUAUUGGGGGCACAAAGCUUUACUCUUGUGCAUCUUGUGAUACAAAUCUUACAAACAAGAGUGAGUUGAUUAGUACACGAUUUACUGGAGCCACAGGGCGUGCCUAUUUGUUCAAGAAAGUCGUCAAUUUGACCUUCAGCAAUGUUCAGGAACGUGUUAUGCUUACGGGACGACAUAUGGUGAGGGAUGUGCUCUGUAAAAACUGCAAGGCCAAACUCGGGUGGAUGUAUGAAUUUGCCACAGAAGAAAGUCAAAAAUACAAAGAGGGUCGAGUCAUACUUGAACAUGCGCUCAUCUCCGAGUCUGAAGGAUUCUUGGAUCCAUUUGGAGCAAAUUCUGCACCAAAUAAUUAUAGAGACAGGGAACAUUGAACAUUAAAAAAAAACUUCUUUGACCUAAAUAAAAUUUAUUUUUGUGCUCA